GAGGAGCCGCGCUGAGACGCAGCCGGUGCACGAUGCAGCCCCGGGGCCCCGCCGCCGGACCGCGAGCCUUUAGUGAGCGGAGGAGUGCCUGGCCCCGCGGGAGCCGGCGGUUCUGAGGCUACGGUCCUUCUGAAGCACCUGCCUCCGCCACCAGCGCAAUCUUUUCUGAGAUCCCUGCUCCGCCCUUCUUGAUGCAGAAAAUGGUGUCUGCAGGUCUGCGAGGCUAAGUGUCGAGGCGACGCACCUCACGUCGAGAAUCCGGAGGAGGAGGAGACUGUAAGGAUAGGCCCAGGAGUAAUGGAGUCCAAAGAGGAACGAGCGUUAAACAAUCUCAACGUGGAAAAUGUCAACCAGGAAAAUGAUGAAAAAGAUGAAAAGGAGCAAGUUGCUAAUAAAGGGGAGCCCUUGGCCCUCCCUUUGAAUGUUGGUGAAUACUGUGUGCCUAGAGGAAAUCGUAGGCGGUUCCGUGUUAGGCAGCCCACCCUGCAGUAUAGAUGGGACAUAAUGCAUAGGCUUGGAGAGCCACAGGCAAGGAUGAGAGAGGAGAAUAUGGAAAGGAUUGGGGAGGAGGUGAGACAGCUGAUGGAAAAGCUGAGGGAAAAACAGUUGAGUCAUAGUCUGCGGGCAGUCAGCACUGACCCCCCUCACCAUGACCAUCACGAUGAGUUUUGCCUUAUGCCCUGAAUCCUGAUGGUUUCCCUGAAGUUAAUAGGGAGACCCCUGCUUCCUAAACUUACACAUUUGUGGUGUACCUUUGUCGUAAACCUUUUGAUGUUACCUAUUUCUUGUGGGUCUCCUAUUACCAGCUUCAAACUGAAUGUUGUUUUGACCCAGUUUGUAAGUUUCUGUCAGCAGGGGAGUUUUACCUACUGCAUGGAAAGAUGCUCAUUAUAUAUUGUGAAGUUAAUAAAACAGUUUUAAAAACCA